UCCGCGGCCCUAAUUCUGUAGACGGGGGCCCAAAAAAAACUGAGACCAAAAAAUCCUGUCGGUGCGCUGCCGCUGCCGCCCGCCAGUCCCGCCACGGCCGAUGAUCCGGCGUGCGAGCUGCCGCCUCCUCCCGGCCGUCUCUCACCACACGCGCCCGCCCCGCCGCGCCCUCGCGGCCAACGCGGCGCUGCAGUGGCUCGACGACGAGCUCACCUCGCUCGCCCUCCCCGAACCCGGGCGCGGACCCGGGGUCGACGCGCACGCGUGCGCCAGGCUGCUGCAGGGCUGCGUCGCGCGCGGCGACGCCCGCGGCGGCCGCGCCGUGCACGGCCACGUCGUGCGGGGCGGCGGCCUCGACCUCUUCUGCGCCAACGUCCUGAUCAACCUGUACGCCAAGCUCGGGCCCUUCGCCGGCGCGCGCAGGGUGUUCGACGGGCUGCCGGAGCGGAACAUGGUGUCUUUCGUCACGCUCCUCCAGGCCCACGCGCUGCGGGGGGAGUUUGAGCCGGCGACGGCGCUGUUCCGGAAGCUGCGGCGGGAGGGGCACGAGGUGAACCAGUUCGUGCUCACCUCGGUGCUGAAGCUGGUUGUUGCCAUGGACGCUCUGGGGCUCGCCUGGGGCGUGCACGCUUGCGCGUGCAAGCUGGGCCAUGACCGGAACGCCUUUGUCGGGUCUGCGCUGAUCGACGCCUACUCCAUGUGCGGGGUUGUCGGUGAUGCAAGGCGCCUGUUUGAUCGGAUCGUGGGUAAGGAUGCCGUUGCUUGGACUGCUAUGGUUUCUUGCUAUUCUGAGAAUAACCGCCCGGAAGACGCGCUUCAGGUUUUCCGGGAGAUGAGGGUGGCGGUUUCUAAGAUCAACCCCUUUGCACUGACCAGUGUGCUCAGGGCUGCCGUGUGCUUGUCGUCGGUUGCGCUAGGCAAAGGUAUCCAUGCCUGUUCAGUAAAAACGCUUUAUGAUGCUGAGCCUCACGUUUGUGGUGCGCUGCUUGAUAUGUAUGCCAAAUGCGGGGGUAUUGAGGAUGCCCGCUUGGCUUUCGAGAUGGUUCCCCAUGGUGAUGUGAUACUUUGGAGUUUUAUGAUAUCCCUGUACGCACAGAGCAAUCAGAACGAGCAGGCCUUCGAGCUGUUCAUCAAAAUGAUGCGGUCUUCUGUGGUGCCUAAUGAAUUUAGUCUAUCAAGUGUUCUGCAAGCUUGUGCUAAUAUGCCCCUCUUGGACCUAGGCGAGCAAAUUCAUAGCAAUGCUAUAAAGAUUGGUCAUGAGUCUGAGUUAUUUGUUGGAAAUGCACUAAUGGAUCUCUAUGCCAAGUGCAGCGACAUGGAAAGCUCACUCAAGAUCUUCUCAUCAUUGCGGGAUGCCAACGAGGUGAGCUGGAACACAAUUAUUGUUGGUUACAGCCAGUCUGGUUUUGGAGAAGAUGCUUUGACUGUAUUCCGUGAAAUGCGUGCUGCUACAGCACCUUCAACUCAAGUUACAUACUCAAGCGUGCUCCGGGCUUGCGCAAGCACAGCAUCCAUCAAUCAUGUUGGCCAGGUUCACUGUUUGGUUGAGAAAUCCACAUUCAACAGUGACACCAUUGUAAGCAAUUCACUUAUUGACUCAUAUGCAAAGUGUGGAUGCAUCAGGGAUGCUCGCAAGAUAUUUGAAACUCAGAAAGAACAUGAUUUAAUUUCAUGGAAUGCCAUAAUCUCAGGAUAUGCUGUUCAUGGACAUGCUGCACAGGCCCGAGAACUUUUUGACAGGAUGAACAAAAAUGGUAUUCAAGCUAACGAUAUCACUUUUGUUGCUCUCCUGUCUGUCUAUGGUAGCACGGGUUUAGUGAGCCAAGGACUCUCUCUGUUUAAUUCUAUGAAGCUUGAUCAUGGCAUCAAGCCAUCCAUGGAGCAUUACACUUGCAUUGUUAGACUUCUAGGACGUGCUGGCCGUCUGCAUGAUGCUCUGAACUUUAUUGGAGAUAUCCCUAAAGCACCAUCUGCUAUGGUUUGGCGUGCAUUGCUUAGCUCCUGCAUAGUGCAUAAAAAUGUGGAUCUGGGGAGAUUUUCUGCAGAGAAGGUGCUUGAGAUUGAACCACAAGACGAGACAACUUAUGUCUUGCUAUCAAACAUGUAUUCUGCAGCUGGAAAUUUGGAUGAAGUUGCUCUUUUGAGGAAAUCAAUGAGGAAUAUAGGUGUAAGGAAGGAGACUGGUCUUAGUUGGGUUGAGAUGAAGGGUGAAGUUCAUGCCUUUUCAGUAGGGUUGGAAGACCAUCCAGAUAUGCGAGUGAUACAUGCUAUGCUAGAAUGGCUAAACCUGAAAACCCAUAGGACAGGUUAUGUUCCUGAUACUAACGUAGUGUUGCAUGACGUAGAUGAGGAACAAAAGGCUCGCAUGCUGUGGGUGCAUAGUGAGAGAUUGGCUUUAGCAUAUGGGCUUGUGAUGACACCGCCUGGACAUCCAAUUCGGAUAAUGAAGAAUUUGCGCUCCUGCUUGGAUUGCCAUGCCAUAUUUAAGGUGAUAUCCAAAAUAGUCAAACAAGAAAUUAUUGUGAGAGACAUCAAUCGCUUUCAUCAUUUUGACAAGGGAACAUGCUCAUGUGGUGACUAUUGGUGAUGUUCCAUUGUCCAUUCAUGUAUUGAAGGGAGCUGCUCAUUGAUUUGCAUCACCUUUAGUAAUACUGGAUUGCUGGUUGAAAUGAUUAUGUUGAUGAUUUGCAUUUUGCUGGACAUAAAAGAGCACCCUUUGUUCAGGUGAAUCAUGUACCAGGUUGGCAUCAAUAAGCAGGAUAAUUUGCAAAAAGAAAAAUGCUUGCUUGAUCUGGACUGAGCAAAGGUAAACAUGCAAUAGAUCCAACAUUUUUUUCAUGAACGUAUCUCAUUGUGAUGUAUAUGUACCCUCUCCAGAAUGUUUUGCUUCAGAGAAAAUGCAAAAGGCUUGUGUCUUGAUGUAUUGAAAAGGUAGAAAGGAUAGUACAACCCAGGAGGGCAAGAUACAACACACACUAGAAAAGGAGAGAGAGAGAGAAAGAUUAGUGCACAUCCCAAUCAACUGGGAUUAGAACACGCAACCCCAGAGCACCGGCACAAGCCAAAUGGUGGGCCUCAUCCCUGAUUAAACCUGUUAGCCCUCUCCAGAAUGUUACAUUGAAGGAUAAGGAAAACAUCAAUUGAAGGAUACAGAAAACUUCAGGUUUUGUGCGGUUUCUGGUGAAACCCUCUGAUCAUGAAAUUGCCUUGUCAUGAUCAGUGAAGAUUAAAGCGAAAGGGUUGUUUUGGCUAUGAUAGCAAAAGAGAAUAGAACAUUUCAUCUUUCUCCGGAGGACAGGGAUUUAGUUGGCAAACUGCGGAUACUGCCUUUAUCGAUGAUUUUCUUGGGUAUCCUGAAAUGGAUCAGCGAACUGAACACCAUUGUACAUCACAACAGACAGUAGAAGGGCACCUUCAAUUUGUUUUCCUGGUUAGUGCUGAAGUUUUGAAAAGUUGACAAGGUGCGAAUAUUGAAACUCACUAAAUUUAGGAUCGAUGAAACAUACAUAAACGGUGCAUAUUUGAUGUUUCAGAGAUACUUACUUUCAGAUAAAAUAUUAUCACCUAAGGUUGGGAAUGUGCUGUCCUAAGUUAGUUCAGGAAUGUAGGUGCAUAUGGUAUAACACAUGCCAGAGCUCUCCCCUCUCCCCUCCCACGACACUCCCGCAGGUGCCGGAGAGGAAACCCUAGCCGCCAGACUUCUCCCCCGCCGCCGCCACAGGGCGCGACCGGGCGAAGCCCAGCCGGCGCAGGCAGCGGUGGGACUUCUUGCCCCUACGCGCGUGGGGGUUGGUGCGGGCCGUCCUCCAUGGGCCUGGGCGUCGCGGUCAGAUUUGGGUCAAACCAGAAGGUCGAAGAUAAUUGUUACCGGUGUUCCACAAACUAAGGCUUGUGAAUUUGAUUAACAUUUCUGAAGAAUGCGAUCUCACCUGGACAAUGUUCAUACUCCAAGGUGCACCUGCCCUGAAGGAACUGGGCAUCAUGGUGCGGAAUCAUUGGUGUGAAAUGAUAUUGGGGAAGCGGAGGAAGAGGCAUGCGUACAGCGAGGAGAAGGACAAAGGACUUGAGUGGGAACCAUCUGCAUCUAAUUUCAAACACCACAGUCUGGCUGAGCUCAGAAUCUAUGGUAGGUUUAAAGCAGAAGAAAAUUUUGUUAGCUAUGCCAGAUGUGUCAUGGAAGCAGCGGUGAAUCUGGAGGACAUAAAACAAUAUAAUAAUCCAGUGUGUGAUAAUCGGAAGCACAAGGUUCCAAAGGAGUGGAUACGGAAGCAGAAGUUGUCUCUUAGGAACAAAAUCACUAAGGGGAAACUUUAAGAUUGGCGAAUCAAAUCCUAGCCGUCAAUUGAUCGAGGGUGAACUAGACUAUACAGAAAUACAGGAUACUAAGCAUGGCAAGUUGGGAAGGAAAUACUUCUGACAGAUUUAAUGUUCACUAUCUCCUUCCAGUGUAGAGACUUCAUACAUUCUAUGCAUGAUCAUGCAAAGUAAAAUAUGCCAUACGUGCACCUAUAUCUUAUUUAUAUGUUAUAAACUGUUAAAA